AUGGAACAAGCGAGUGUUGGCAAUGGAUAUGAAGCUUGCAGCGAGUUCAGUGGAAGUACGUGGCGCUGCAGCAUCUGCAGGCGAAAGCUGCAGUCGCGUGCGGCGCCGCCCGUCAUGACGCAGGAGUCCACGGACAGCCUGCUGGACGUUCCAGUGCUGGAGGCGCUCCAGCGCAGACACUCAGACGUCAAGAUCGGCUCCGGCAGCUCGCUUACCGUCAGCGGAGGUGGCGGCAGCGGGCUGGCGCCGCCGCGGUCCCCGGAGCUGCGCCGCCACUCCGACGUGUCGCCCGCGUCGCUCAAGGAGCUGGAGAAGGUGGCGGGCGAGCGGCGCGAGGAGCUGCGCUGGGAGCGAGAGCUGGAGUGGCGCCAGCACCGCGUGGGCGGCGGGCCGCCCCCGCAGCCCGGCGGCCAGCCGGGACACUCACCGCAGGUCGAGCGCCGGCCCUUCCCCUCGCCCGCCAAGCAGGUCGGGUCAGGUCAGUACCCUUCCACCACCACCACCACUGAAACACUGACUUGGUCCCAUUCACCUCAAGUUGUACGACGGCGCGCGCGGGGGCGGCGGCAGUCGCGCGUGACGCGCCAGCGCAGCUACGACGAGGAGCUGAAGGCGGCCACCGCCGCCGCGGCCGCUGGCGCCGGCGGGGAGCCCAGCCUAGGUCAGUGGGGCAAGCAGCGCCGUACACGUAACCACCCGUAUUCACCCCGUCCCGCCAAGGCACACAACCGUACAAAAUACUCGGCGUCCUUCCGCGUCGUGCCGCAGCCGCAGCCGCCGCCGCAGGACAAGGCCGACGACGGCGCACAAGCUGCAGCGUGGCGCAGCUGUCCGCAACGCGCCUUGUUGCAGACCUGCCCACUUGUUGCAGACUCUUCGCCGUCGCCGCUGUCGCCGGACGCCACCGCGCAGGCGCCGGCCGGGCUGUCGCUGGGGGUGGAGGAAGACCGCCGCACCAGGCGCCGUGGCUCACAGCUGCCAGAUCUGGGGAUGCGCGCGCUGCCGCAGACGCCGCCUUCUUCCGGGACGCCGACGCCCCGCGGGGAGACGACCGACGCCGUGCGUCGCCAGACGUCCGUCACCGACGGAGAGGCCAUCAAGAUCGUCAUCCAUGACGUCGACUGCGACUUCAGUGAGUAG